AUGGUAAUUCGAACUUCGAUUGUCUAUCUUCACGCUAAAAUACUCAAUUACAAUCUCUUUAUACCAGAUGAAGAUGAUUACGACGAUGAACAUGACUUAUCUACAAGUGCCACAAACUUCGUCGAGCGACAAAUAUACUCAACAUGGGUUUAUGUCUUUCUUCUCACAAUCUUUGUUUAUUUUUUGUUCUUCGUAACGUUGAUCAAUCCCCAAAGUCGAACGGUAGCAGUAUCGAACCUCACUCCAUCUCUCUUUCAUCAACUUCAACGUCAAUAUGGUUCAACACUCUCAUGUGCAUGUACGACAAUCGCAGUGCCCUAUCAAACUUUCGUUUCCAAUACAGUCUCCCUCCAUCCUGUGUGUUCCAGUGGUUUUGUCAGUCAAGAAUGGAUUGAAGUAUUUUACCUGCCGCUAGCAAGUUUAUUUCCAAUAGUAGAUAUUCGAACAACGGCAUUUUCUCACUUCGAACUACUUUCUGCUUUGUGUUCAAUCUCGAAUGAUACAGUUUUACAAUCAUUGGCUGAUAUCGACAUCAGUCAGCUAAUUUCAGUCCAAGUGCUUACCGAAGACAAUGUACAAUCUGAGAUUGCGGCACGCAUUGCUCUUGUUCGAACCAGUGCGCCAAGUCAGACCGCUUCAUUCUUAAAAUUUCUUCAAGUGAUAUAUCGAUCAAAUACUUUCGCUUCUGCGCUUGAGACAAAUGCACACGUGAUUGUUUCCGAUGGCGCAUAUGUUUAUACGACAGAGUAUCCUCUUGCAGUUAACAAUAUUUACAACACGGAUUGUGCUCGUGCGAAUCUAGUAGGUCCGGCUUAUUUUAUCGCCGAAGCAAAUCAAUACUAUGAAGAACAUGAGAAAGAUUGGACUGGAUCCUAUGAUUAUGGUGCUCUUGAUUCCAAUACUGCAGCAACAAUGGAGGGAUUUUUCGGAGGAUGCUUCGCACUCGAUGCAGCUCUUGCAAGCACACUUCAAUGUCUAUAUGAUGUACAAUGUCUCAAUAUCUUGCGCGAUUAUUUUUCCGGUUUCAAUGAAUCCGCUUUCAAAUCACUCGAUCCUCUUCCGUCAUCGAUUCAAGAAAAUUCCUCUGUAAGUGAUCUUGUGGCUAAUCUCUUCAUUGAUCAAUGGUCAACAAAAAUCAACUACUCCAGUUAUUUUGAACAAUGUGCUCCUUCAUUAUGCACAUACUCCACAACUGAUCCAAUCAAUUUUUCCUAUAGCGUUACUCUGCUGUUGAGUCUUUAUGGUGGUCUCACUGCCAUACUUCGCUUGGUUGCACCUUUUUUAAUCAAUAUCGUCGUGAAACUUAAACGUCAUUCAGUGAAAAGCGUUCUUAACUGCGGAUUAUGGUUCAAAUCUGUUCGCCAUUUGACAUGGUGGAUGAAACAGUUGAACUUGUUCAAAGCAGCCGCCAAUCGAACUGUGGAUGAUGUUAGACAACAACGUAUCACGACGCGUUGCUAUUUAUUUCUCUUCGCAUGUUCUAUCGUCAUUCUUGUUUCAUUUACUUCCGUCACAACUCAGACAGUGACAGUCGUUGCAUCAAAUCCAUCACUAAAUCGUUACAAACAAUUACAAAUGUCAAAUCCAAGUACACUGAAAUGUCCUUGUUCGAAUAGUACAAUGCCUUACAGUACUUUUGCUUCCUUAUCGGCCUCAUUUCAUCAAUUAUGCUCAAGUAAUCUUGUUAGUGAAGAAUGGAUUACGAUGCUGACACAAAGUGGAUAUGGUGUAGGGGCGGAUAACAUAUGGUUUCUUAAUUCUGGGGCGUUCUUUGGACAACUGUCGAUUCUCUGCCAGUUAGCUAAUAAAACGGUUUAUGACAAUAUCAAUGCCUUUCUCGCGCGAACUUUUGCUACUUCAUACGUCCUUAACGAAAAAGAUUUUAAUACUCAAUCAAAUCAAGCUGUCCAUCAACUGAUCGAGUCGACUGUAAUCAGUUUUAAUCGUUUCAUUGACGCGACAAGUCUUUUCUUUCAAGUUCAUCAGCCAUUGACAGAACAAGGCUCAAAUGUAGUCCUCAAUACGUCAUUUGAUAUAUAUCAAGAUACUGAUCAAGAGUGGACACCAAUUUCACUUCGUCUGAGAUCUUUCCAGAAAAACUAUUCAGAUGGCGAGACAUGCGAAUGCGCUCAUGACAUUUCCUGUUACAGUCAAACCGAAUUCCUACCCGACUGGAUAAACAACUUCACAUAUCCGGGGCUCAAUUUUUCCGUUCAAAUAACUGAUCUCACGGCACCAGGCGUAGUUUACGGUUGUUAUACUACCAAUUCAGUUCUCCUAUCCACUCUACAAGCUUUUUAUACGGAUACAACGCACCUGGAAGAGUUGGUGCACUGUGUUCGUUAUAUUUUGUAUAACAAAACUGGAACAGUCCCAACGUUGGAUGUCGAACCAUUGGUUUACAAUCGAUCCUCGAGUCGUUUUCCGCCGAAGUCUUCACUGGCAUCGAUUGUAAAAGAAUUGAUGGUUGAACAAUGGAAUGUAUCAUUUGCAUUCGAUCGUUACUAUCAAACAUGUGCGCCAACUUAUUGCACAUACACUGCGAUAGCUCGUGCAAAGGAUUCUAUUGGAGUAUUAUUGACAUUAAUAUCCAUGAUUGGUGGUCUGAGCAUAGCGUUAAAACUACUCACACCUUUAUGCAUCAACUCUACCAUUUGUGUAUUCAAACCAAAAGUGAAGAAGAGGCAAGAAGUUCGUCCAAAGUUGUGCGAUCGUUUAAGAAUGGCUCCUAAAAGUUUGCUGCAGUUUAUCUUUGAUAAACUAAAAAAUUUGAAUAUAUUUCCUGCACGAACAUUUGGCAGUACAAGAGAUCGCAGAACAAUUAAAUGUUUGGGACAGUGGGCAACUCGUCUUUAUAUAGUUCUUCUAGCUAUUUCUCUCACUAUUCUUGCACUUCAUACAAUUAUUCAACCACAAGUACUGACAAAGACAUAUCCCAAACCUUCUUUACGUACUUACAACACUCUAAUAAAUGGUCAUGGUAAGCAGCUUCAGUGUCCUUGUUCAGCGAUUUCAUCGGCAUAUGAUCGAUAUCUUCAAAUUCAUGCUGAAUUUCACCAGAUUUGCUCCAGUGUUUUUGUUUCGGAUCAAUGGAGAUUGGAUCUUCUUGCAAAUAUAAUGAUUGAUCUCUCUAUUUAUACAAUCAGAGAUUAUCGUCGUUUUGUUUCCUCCCAUUUGCAGUUUCUAAAAGGUUUAUGUGAACUUUCGAUUCAAUCUGUACAGCAAUCUGUUGGAGAAGUUUUAUCUUCAUUAUUGGUAACCAGUGAAUUAUUAUCUCCAGGAACAUUUGAAGAACGUAUUAAUCGAACGAUCGAUCAUAUGAAAGCGAACGUACCUACCGCAUUAAAUCGUCUUCUCUAUCUGCUUCGUAUCACAAAUCAUGUCAAUAACAUUGUUUCUGAUUAUGGGACCAACUAUCGAUAUAUCGGUUCUCGUGAUGGUAAUCAAUCUGAAACUAUUGCAUAUACUCAACCAUUGAUCUAUGACAACAAUUGUUCAUGUGGUUUAAAUUUAAGUUGCACGACUGACGCUUCUUUCAAUGAAACAGAAUUAGUAAUCAUCAAAGGAUUGAAAAUGGGUUGUACACCAAGUGAAUCACUACUUGCAUCAACACUUGAAUGUUUCCAUAAUUCAUCGUGCAUUGAUCUUCUCAAAGAAAUGACAAAUGCCAACGAAAACAUUACUGAUACGAAUGAUUCAAUUCCUUUAAACUUAACCAACAGUCGAUUUGCUGUAAAUACCGCAGUGAUCGAUCUAGUGGCAGAAUUGUUUGUCGAGCGUUGGUCAAUAGAGAUGAAUUAUUCGUCAUACUUUGAUCAAUGUUCUCCAAUGAUCUGUUCUUAUACAUACACUCAACAACUGAAUUCAAUUUCUGCAGUUACCUAUAUUCUUGGUUUUUUUGGGGGCUUAACAAUUCUUUUCAAAUGGAUUUCUCCAAUCAUUGUUUCUUUUGUCAAUAAAAUUUAUCAGUGGAGACAGAACAAACGUCAAACUCGUGUGGAACCCAUAUUUAAUAUUCAAACAACGAUUGUUCGAAUCAAUGUGAAAAGCAACACUAUUUCCGAUUCCACAACUCAUGCUCCAAAACAGUCGUAA